AAUCAUUACGUCACGUGUCCAAGCCUCAUCCAACGCAGGCUAGCAGCUAACUAGCUGAGGUUAGCCCAACGUGCUAGGAUGUAGUGGAAGCAGCGUGUGAGGGAAAAGGAGACACAUAUGUCAUCAUUAUGGCACAUUCACGGAUGUCACAGGCGCUGCUCACCUGGCUGGUCCUGCGGAGAAGCUGUGAAGCUCUUUGGUGCAACUGCACCACAGCCCGGUGCGAGAAGACGGGCUUCCAGUGCGAGACGGACGGCGCCUGCAUGGCCUCCACCUCCUUCCUGGACGGCCAGGAGCAGCACCUUCGCACUUGCAUCACCAGAGACAAACUUGAGCCUCCUGGUCAGCCUUUCUACUGCCUCAGUGCAGAUGGCCUGGUCAACAUCCUGUGCUGCUACAGCGACUACUGCAACAGCAUGGACCUCAAAGUACCCUCCGUGACCACUCAGUCGGCCCCCGGGGGUGGUUCGGGCCCAGGUGGGCCGUGGGGGCCGGUGGAACUGGUCGCCGUGAUCGCGGGGCCGCUCCUGCUGCUUUGUUUACUGCUGCUGGUGGGCGUCUUCAUGUGUCAACGCCAGCGCCGGGCCUGCGGGCGCAGACAGAGGCUGGGGCUGGAAGACCCCUCCUGCGACAAUCUUUACAUGCCUAACGACGGGACACUGCAAGACCUCAUUUACGACCUGUCCACAUCUGGUUCAGGCUCAGGCCUGCCUCUGUUCGUCCAAAGGACGGUCGCAAGAACAAUUGUCCUGCAAGACGUCAUCGGUAAGGGGCGUUUCGGCGAGGUGUGGCGAGGCCGUUGGAGGGGCGGUGAUGUGGCGGUGAAAAUCUUCUCGUCCCGAGAAGAGCGCUCCUGGUUCCGUGAGGCUGAGAUCUAUCAGACCAUCAUGAUACGACAUGAGAACAUCCUGGGUUUUAUCGCUGCCGACAACAAAGACAACGGCACGUGGACUCAGCUGUGGUUGGUGUCAGACUACCACGAGCACGGCUCCCUGUUUGACUACCUCAACCGCUACGCCGUCACGUCGGAAGGAAUGAUCAAACUGGCCCUGACGGCUGCCAGCGGCCUGGCACAUCUGCACAUGGAGAUACUCGGAACACAAGGAAAGCCUGGCAUCGCACACCGAGACUUGAAGUCCAAGAACAUCCUGGUGAAGAAGAACUGCACCUGUGCCAUUGCCGACCUGGGUUUGGCGGUCCGUCACGACGCCAUCACAGACACCAUCGACAUGGCCCCCAACCAGCGAGUGGGAACCAAGAGGUACAUGGCCCCGGAGGUCCUGGACGAGAGCAUCAACAUGACGCACUUCGACUCCUUCAAGUGUGCCGACAUCUACGCUUUGGGUCUGGUCUAUUGGGAGAUGGCACGGCGCUGCAACAGCGGAGGUGUCCACCAGGAAUAUCAGCUGCCAUACUACGACCUGGUGCCCUCCGACCCCUCGGUGGACGAGAUGAAGAAGGUGGUGUGCGAGCAAAAGAUACGACCAGACAUCUCCAACUGGUGGCAGAGCCAUGAGACUCUGCGGGUUAUGGGCAAGAUCAUGAGGGAGUGCUGGUAUGCCAACGGUGCUGCCCGACUGACCGCCCUGCGCAUCAAAAAGAGCCUUUCCCAGCUGAGUGUCAAAGAAGACAUUAAAGUCUGACAACCGAGCCCUCUUGUCUAAGGACACACAAGAAAUGUGUGCAAUGCUCUGCAAGGUUUUCUAAAGCCUCUCCUGACAAACCCUACCUCGUUUACCCAGAAUACCUUUCCUGUCGAGUUCCUCUUUCUGCCGCACCACAAGCAUCCUGGGUCCCCCCCCUCCCCCUUGGUGACAGUGAAUGUAUUACAUUUCCGUGUUCACUGGCAGUCAUCUUUUUGUCGUUUUCGGGAGCAAAGAAUCCACUAGAAGAAUGAUGAUGAUGAUGCUGCAGAGUCUGGUGGUUGCCAUGGCAGCAGCAACAGUUAAGGUGCUAUAAGAUCUCAAAGAGUUUUAAAGCAACCCCGGUCCAACGAGAUUUAGCUCUUCAGACCAUUUUGCAUGGAGCACUUUAGAUCUCAGGUGAGCCUUCUUCAGGUCUGGGAGUGCAGUGGAGACUCUCAGUACACAACAUGUUGUCACCCAGCAGGAAUAAUAGUAGUGAGACUUUCUAUGAUCACAUUGUUUUAAAUGUAAUCUCAGCACAUGCUUGUUUGAUAGCUUUGUUGGUGGAAUGUUACUUUCAACACUACAAUUACCUGAAAUUGUUAACCCCCACCCUCCCUCGCCAGGGAACCCACGCACUCUUGUCUUUCACUGUAUGUACUUUCAACAAGUAGUAUUUAUAUUUGUCUGACCUUGCGUGCAUUACUACUGAACUCUCUGCACGGCCCAAGAGUGGUCUGCAAGCCAUGCUGAUAGAACACUAAUUCUGCUGAUCUAGUUCUGGAUAUGUACCUGUGAGACGGACUGGGAGCUUUAUGGCAAUAAUGAAAGACGAGGUGUUUGGUCCAAAACUACUAUUUCAUAUAAAUCCACCUUGCCCUCAUGAGUAAAAUAUGAUGUGAGUCAAAGAA